CCGACACGCUCAAGAUUGUCCUGAAGUUGAUGACCUUUCAAGUGUCUGUGGUCCCCACCAUCUGGAUGAGGUAUCCAUGGCCAGCAACAGCAUGACCGAUGGAGGGGUGCGAAGUCAACUUGAUAGUGCGGUCCAUGGUACAGAUUCUGACUUGGACCUGAAUCCUGUGCAGACUGCACCAGGUCGAAGUCUUAUUUCCCAGUCAACUGAAUCUUUAGGACGGUCAAGUUCGACCAACGACCAAGCAGCCAAUGUUUGCGACGAGCGAGAGGCACCUGUGACUUCUGUAAUCUCACUGGCCCCACUCCCCGCUGACGGAAAGAUUCACCAUGAUUCCUCUGUGGCUGAGCUAGUACCCUCUGCUUCGUCCAAAACUGCAUUCGAUUCGCCCAGUCUUCUUGGCAAUGCUGAGUCAACUGUGUCCUUAGGACCAUCAAGUUCGGCCAACGACCAAGCAGCCAAUGUUUGCGAUGAGAGAGAGGCACCUGCAGCUUCUGUAAUCUCACUGUCCCGACUCCCCACUGACGAAAAGAUUCACCACGAUUCCUCGGUGGCUGAGCUACCCUCUGCUUCGGCCAAAACUGUGACAGAUUUGUCGGGUCUUCUUGGCAAUGCCCAGUCAACGGAGUCCUUAGGAACAUCAAGUUCGAGUCCGGUCAAUGAGCAAACCAACAUUUGCGAUCAAGAACAAGCGCUUGCGACUUGUGCAAAUUCACUGACCCCUCUUCCAGAUGAUGCGAAGAUUCGGCAGCAUCCCUUGAUGGUUGACCUAUCCUUCGGUUCCUCCAACGAUGCAUUGGUGCCGAAUUUGGCGAUGACAACAGAGAGCAAGAUCUCGCCUGUCAUUCCGAAUUCAAUGCCUUCAAGUUCUUCAAGGGUGCCACAAGGUCAAGGUCAAGCCCCCAUCCUUGCUGUCCAGUCCACUGGUAUGGUCACCACUCCAGAAACGAUGGCAUUGUUCAAUUAUCCGGCGACAACAGGAACAACAAAGACGGGUUCUAGAGAGAUGCCGACAACUACUUCGUCAGCAGCACCAUCGACAUCUGUGCCUCUGGCUAUGGCUGAAGCAUCCGCUCCACCAACACCACGUUUAUCUCUGUCUUCCACUCCUUCCUUGAUGCAACCUUCGAUCGCGAGUUUGAAAUCUACUGAAGCUCUCACAACAGGGGUAAAAGUUACUGCGGUAGAAAGUUUGCCACAGUCAACAGUUACUGUAGCAAUGACAACAACUCGGAGUCCAUCAGCAACAACCCCAGCAGCUGUGGUGCCAACAUUGGCAUCAUCAUCAUCAUCAUCAUCAUCAUCAUCAUCAUCAUCGUCCUCACCAUUGCCGGCGUCGUCGUCAUCAUUAGCAUCAGUAUCUGCAUCAUCCGCAAGGGUGCCGGCAGAAGCAAUCAAGACAAUCCCAGCAAGAGCUCCAAUGCCAGUACUAGCUGACAAAUUGGCAGCUACUGUAGGUAAAAUGGCGGGAACGGCUGGUGACAUGGCGGGCAAGGGCAGUGACAUGGCAGGAAGGGUAAAGACAUCAACAUCUUCAAACUUGAAGAAGAAGAUAGGUUCUGCGUCUGCUAAUGCAUUCCGACCUGAUCUUGUUAAGAAGUCAAUCUACGAUCUAGAUUGACCAUCACUGGGACUUCUGUGGACGUGUCUUGCUACAGUUACGGCUGCAUUCGGGGCAAAAUUCGUCUC